AUGACUGCUGGAGAGCCAGGUCUUUGUGUCAAUUGCGGCGUUUUCACAAACUUAUAUGACGACAAGUAUUGCGUUGAUUGCUAUAAUGAAGCUGUUGAACAAGCGAACACUUAUGAUUACGAAGAAAAUGCAGGUGUUUCAAUAGAAAACCAGCACAUUGAUGAUAUCUGUUACGAAAGAAAGAAUAAUGGCGCUGCUCUUGACAGAAUUAUCCCUUACGAAUAUAAAAAUUCACCAGAGAAAUGUGCAAUAUGCCAGGAUAUGAUGAAUUGCGGAGAAACAGUUGUAACUCUUCCAUGCGCACAUACAUUCCAUGGAAAUUGCAUCUAUCAUUGGCUUAGAAACAAUGAUGAUUGUCCAAUCUGCCGUUCUGUUAUUAAUACCCAAUAG